CUCCGAGGCCCGCCCGCGGGGCCGGCCGCCUGUCAGAGGGAGGUGGCGAUGGUGCGCCCGGUGGCGGCGGCGGCAGCGGCGGCGACGGCUUCCUCGGUCCGACGGCAGGGAGGAGAAGAUGACUGACCGGCCGACUGGAUGAAUGAAUGAAUGGCGGAGCCGAGCGCGCCAUGAGGAGCCUGCCGAGCCUGGGCGGCCUCGCCCUGUUGUGUUGCGCGGCGGCCGCCGCCGCCGCCGCUUCAGCAGCCUCGGCGGGGAAUGUCACCGGGGGCGGCGGGGCCGAGGGGCAGGUGGUCGUGUCGCCCACCCCGGGGCUGCGGGACCAAGCCGGCCACCCCUUCCCGAAGGCCGCGGCUCCUACGGCGCAGGCCCCGCGGAGCGGCCCCCCGCGCACUCCAGUCCGCAGAGCCGAGGCUGCGACCCCGUCCACCGGCUCCCCGGAGACCACCCCUCUCAGCACCACCGCGCGACCCGCCGCCUCCACCUUCCCGGUUCUAGGCCCCUCGCCCGCCACCCCUUCGGAGGAGGGAGGCACUCCCGCCGCCACCCAACCGCCAGCCUCCAGACCCGCGCCCAGCACCCUUGAGAGCACAGCUGGCCAGGGGCCGACCACCCCCCUCGUCACCACCACUCAGGCGCCCAGCACUCCCGGGACCCCGACCGCCCAGUCCCCGGACAGCAGCAGCAGUAGCAGCAGCACCGUCCCGCCCACCGCACCUGCCACCGAAGCCCCUGCUCCUCCUCCCCCAGAGUAUAUAUGUAACUGUUCUGAGGUUGGAAGCUUGGAUGUGAAGCGCUGCAACCAGACAUCAGGGCAGUGUGAGUGUCAUCCAGGUUAUCAGGGUCUUCACUGUGAAACCUGCAAAGAGGGCUUUUACCUGAAUCACACUGUUGGUCUCUGCCUGCCAUGUCACUGCAGUCCACAUGGAUCUCUUAGCAUCCUCUGCAACAGUUCUGGGAAUUGCCAGUGCAGAGUGGGUGUCACUGGCUCCAUGUGUGACCGAUGCCAAGAUGGACAUUAUGGCUUUAAUAAGACAGGCUGCUUGCCCUGCCAGUGCAACAACCGAUCCGAUAGUUGUGAUGUUAUCACAGGUGCUUGUUUAAACUGCCAGGGAAAUAGCAAAGGGGAUCACUGUGAAGAAUGCAAAGAAGGAUUUUAUCAGAGUCCUGAUGCUACUAAAGAAUGCCGCCGCUGCCCUUGCUCAGCAGUGACCUCUACAGGCAAUUGCACCAUAGAAUCUGGUGAAUUGGAGCCUACAUGUGUCCAGUGUAAAGAUGGUUACACAGGACAGAACUGCAAUAAAUGUGAAAAUGGCUAUUACAAUUCUGACAGCAUCUGCACACGGUGCGAAUGCCAUGGCCAUGUGGACCCAACUACAACUCCAAAGAUUUGCAAACCCGAGAGUGGGGAGUGUAUCAACUGUGUCCAUAACACCACUGGGUUCCAGUGUGAGAACUGCCUAGAAGGCUAUGUUCGAGACCUCCAGAAAAACUGCAUCAAGCAAGAAGUUAUUGUUCCAACUCCUGAAGGUUCUACCAUUUUGGUUUCCAAUGCCUCUUUGACCACAUCAGUGCCCACCCUUGUUAUAAAUAGUACAUUUGCCCCCACAACCCUGCAGACUAUCUUUUCAGUAAGCUCUUCUGAAAACAGCACCUCAGCUCUCGCUGAUGUAUCAUGGACCCAGUUUAACAUCAUCAUUUUGACAGUUAUCAUCAUUGUGGUAGUGCUGCUAAUGGGAUUCGUAGGAGCUGUGUAUAUGUACCGAGAGUACCAAAACCGGAAACUCAAUGCUCCCUUUUGGACCAUCGAGCUGAAAGAAGACAAUAUCAGUUUCAGCAGCUACCAUGACAGCAUCCCCAAUGCAGAUGUGUCAGGAUUGUUGGAGGACGAUGGCAAUGAAGUGGCUCCCAAUGGGCAGCUGACCCUGACGACACCUAUUCAUAACUACAAAGCUUGAGGAGCUGAGCUGUCCUCCUGGAUUGUCAGAACACAGUGCUCACUAAAAGGCAUCUGCCCUCCAGCCACACAUAGCCUGGGUAGAGUUUGCUGAGUAAGGCCUCGUACAAAUGAACUGUUCAGGUACAAACUGCAAUGCGCUUAGCCUAUCUGUUGCUCUUAAUUCCCCAUGAAGAUCUGAAGCACUCAUCAUCAUUGAGGACAUGAAAUAAAGUAUAUUUUUGUAGCAAACCACAUGUGUGUAUGGAAAGGCUUAAUCCCACACAGUAGUCCAAGUCUAUCCAGCCUCAAAGGACUGCUGGGAAAGUGUUCAUCUCACCAGCCAUGACAGAAUGUUGAUGUGGAGGGGGAAGACUGAUAGAAGACUUCAUCUCCAUUUUGGGAACACAUUUUUUUGAAGGAGAGGCAGGAAUUAUGUUCUUUUUUCUGUACUAAAAGAUAUAACUGAGGAAGAGCUGGUGUCUAGGCUAUACCACACUAAACAGUCUUGACUCUGUGUAAACUAUGGGCAGAAAAGUCCCAAGAGGAUCUGUAGAAGGGCUUGGCUUUCCUCCCGUGAGUCUCCUUCAAGGAUGGGGUUGAAGCACAGGAUAAGCCUCUGUGGUGAGGGCAGGCACAGCACCCAGAGAGCAGAAAGUUGAUGGUCCUCCUCAGGGGAGGUUCCUGCCUCUAAAGAAACAAGGUGUACAUAGUUAAUGUAGCAUACCUGCUCAACAUUGUACUUGUAUCUAUUUGUAAAAAAAAAAAAAAUCAUGUCCUAUUUUAUCAUUUAGACUUUAUUUGUAUAGCAGUUAAUCGUGUUGUAAAAAGAAGAUAUGGAAAUUGGUUAAAAUACUGUAAAUUAGGUGGCAAUAUUGCUAGAGCUGGGACUCUGGUGAGCAUCAUUCAUUUUUAGUCCCUAUUUGGACACUUGACAUUUAUAAGAGGUCAAAUGUUUCUGAUCGUUCCUCCCUCAACUUAGAGUCAUAUGCUUUUUGACCUACCAUAGAUUCAAGCAAUAGAUGUUAAAUCUGUAAUUGUUAAGCUGGGACACAGGCUGCAUUCUCUAGACACUCACCUAAUUAGCCACUCUGUGUGCUUUACAUUGCUCGGUGUAAACAUCCUCAGAAAAAGACUUCUUUCCUGAAUGUAAAAGACAGUCUUCCAAAGGAUAGAAAUUUUAAAUUAAAAAAGAAAAGCCAUCACAUUGCUUGGGGCCCCUCAUUUUUAUGCCCAUGAAAUAUUUAUGUACUUCCCAUAACCUCCAAAAUAAAGGCCUCUGACAUUUGAACAUAACCUAUCACCCAUGAAUCAUGAGGUAUGUUUGGCUCCUUCAGUGCUAGAAUUCAUCCAUCUUCUUGUCUGGGCAGGGAUUACUCUGAUUGAGUGUGCAUUUAGUCCUUGCUUUCUGAUGCCAUUUUCCCCUGAGGCCAAGUACUGCUUCUUUCAUCUGUUAUGCAUCGACAGUUUGUAGAUGAAACAAGCCAAGAAAGGUGGCCCAGACUAUGAAGUAGUUAGGGAAAAACAAAACAAAGACUAGACCUAGGAAACUCAGACUUAACUUCCUCAGAGAGAAAAACAUAUAGUUUGUUCAUCCUCUGCAGGAGACCCCCACCUUUUUCUCAGGGUUUGGAGAUGACUGUAGACUAGAGGAUCCGUAGGUAACCUGAGGGUGCUCUGCAUAUGUGGCUGUCUGUAUUAAAGUAAACAUUGCAUCUCAUUGUACUGAAACAAUUUACAAGUGGCUGAUUGCUUGCCUAGCAUAGGAAUCUAUGGGUUUAAUCCUCAGAAUUACAGAAUAGACCAGUGUUUUUAUUGUCCUUUGUCAUUUACAAAACACUUUCCUAUGUGUGUUCUUUGAUCCUCACCAUAGCCUCCUAAGGAAGCAGUCUUGUACCCAUUUUAUACAUGAAGAAACUGAGGCAUAGAGAAGCUAAAUCAUUCAGAGCUAUACAAUGCACAUCAUUUUUAUGCUUGGAAUCAAUUCUCACUUCUACAGCAUAGUCAUUUGGCUAUAUGAUAACAUAUAAAACUACUAGCCAGGGGCCCUAGAAGGCUGGAAUGAAGAUUCACAUUUGUAGAUGCUUCUAAUAGAGCCCUUGUGUGCUCCCAAGUGUGCUUCGCCAUCCCAUGUGCAUGUGUCUGUGUGUGUGUGUGUGUGUGUCUGUGUCUGUAUGUGUGUGUGAGAGAUGUAUGUGAUUUGCAGGCACAAUUCAGGGCCACAUAGCUACAAAUGACUUUGUGGAAAAAACACAUGAAGAUUUCUAUGUAAAGUCAGAAUUAAUGAUGAGAAGGCAAAACUGCCUAUUAGAGUUCAUUAAAAUGAAGGAAUUCCUGUAGUGGGGGGUGCUUUCCCUAACAGUUACAGCACAGGUGUGUAUUGACUGUGCACCACACAAUCUCAAGCAUUGUGCACAGUGAUUGCCUCCCUGAUACCCCAUCUCCUGCCAGAAAUAAAAGGUAAGGAGAUAAAAAGCAAACAUUUGUUAAACAAAUGUUUACCCAAUAAAUAAAUGAAGCGUGUUUGUAGGAGGCUCAGAGCCAGUCAAAUAGUCAAUAUUCUAGCUGAAUAGAGAUUCCUUGAAACAGAUCUUCAAAGAUAACACAGAAAUUAAACCACAAAUUAUGUUUAUCAAGUAUGGCUCCUAGGUCAUACUAAUUUUUCACAAUGAUGAAAAAGUAUAGCCUUAAAAUGUGUUUUACAUAACAUUAGUGACCCCAGAAUUCUGCUUAUAGAAAUAAUUUUGCUCUAAAGAUCAACCAUGAGGUAAUCUCCUUUUGAAAUUAGAGUAGAAAACCAUUGUAAAACACAAUGCAGGGUUUUCAGUCUCUGGAGGCAUCACCAUCCAGCACCAGGCAUCCUCUGAAAAAUCUAAUGUUUGAACAAUUUUUGUCUAAUUAUUGAUAACAUGUUCUUUUUAAAAUUCAAUACCUAUGUGAAUCUUACUGAGAAGUAGUCAUCACUUGCUAUGAAUAAACUGAUAAUUGCUCGCAUCUUCAUUAGCUCACCUUAGUAAGCCCUAUGCAUUUCUGAUGGUGGAUGUUAUAGUCCGUGUCCAGCAGGUCACUACCACCCUCCACACUGCUUCUCUGGGCUCUCUUAUCUACAGUCUUUCCCAUUAUAGAAAAGGCAAAAGGAUAGUAUAAUCUCUUAUUUAUUUCAACAUCCUGAGUGUAUUUUUUUCCAGGAAUACUUGGAUUUUAAGAGAGGGCAACAGGGCAGACAUGGGCUGGGAGGAUAGGGGUUUUGUCUUGUUUUUUUGUUUUGUUUUUCUUAACAAGAUUAUCUAAGUCGAAAAUGAUAUCAGUAUACUCUAGUUCCAAUAUUCCCAGAACCAUUAAUCAUCAAAGCAAUACUCACUGACCUCCCAGUUAAUCUGGGUUAUCUGAUCAUCAAGAUGUGUUUUGGAAGACGAGAGACAAUUGGAGCUUGAUUAUUGAUCAUUCACUGUGGUCCUGUGCUUUUUAAAUUUUUUUAUGCUUGUAAACAUAAGGUUGGUUCUAAUGACUGUCCCUAGCUUCUUAUAUUUUGAAGUAGUAUGUGGGCAGGAGUUGAAUUUCUGUAUUUCUCAAGAAAAACUCUCUGACAAAAUAUUCAGAAUAAGUUCAAAGAACCCAUGCAAUCAUUAGGGCAACAGAAGUCUUUGUGACCUCAUCCAUACACACACACACACACACACACACACACAGAAAAAACCCUUUAGUCUGUUGUUCUUUUGACAGUAAGUGGUUUUGGAGUUGAAAUGGGUUUGGUGUCUAUGUUCAGGGCUUGGGAAGGUGAUGGAAGGUUAAUUCAUCUUUCUCUUUCACUCUGAGCCAUUGACUGAGCCAUGGGGAGAAGCAAGAAAAAUGGUUAUUAAUUUGUAGAAGUCAAAUAUAUCACAUGGCUAAAGGUUAUGGAUCACUAAAAUGUCAGUGGUUUGAAUGAUAAUUUUUGAAAGGCAUUGGGGAUCUUCUUUGUUACUUAUGCACCUGUAGGAACUGCAGCAACCCUGGAGUGAGCCCAGAGCUUCAGAUUCAAGCUAGCCCAAAGCUAAGUGACUUCUAGUCAACUUUUAAUGCUAGACAUAAGCACUCUGUACUCUUAAAUUUCAGCCCAAUCAAUUAGGGAAUGUUUCUAAAACAUUAAAUUUGUAUUUAUGUCACUAAAAUCCUAACGCAAAAUUUAAAAACAUGUCUCAUAUGUGUACUGUACUAGGUUUCAUGAUGCAUUUCUAAAUUUGUGUAUGAUUUGAAUAUAUGAAAGAAUUUAUACAAGAGUGUUAUUUAAAAUUAUUAAUAAAUGUAUAUAAUUUGUACCUAU